AUGUCUGUCCAAGAUACUAAAGCGGUAGAGUUUUCUAUGGGUCACAUCAGAUCAUCCUCUGUAUCCCUGGUAGCAGAGGCUACUUCAAACACGAAUAGUGAAGACAAAUUAUCUAAGGUCCAACUCUACGAAGAUUUGUGCCGGUACGAGGAUACAUUGAGUAAGUUGGUGGAAUCUGUAGAUCGUUUCAAACCAAACCUUGAUAUUGCCAAGGAUUUGAUCAGAACUGAUGAGGCCUUGUUUGAAAACGUCAAACUGUUAGCUGAAUAUGACAAUAUCUACCGCAACUUACAGAAGAUUGACAAAGACUCUGAAGAACUAGAUUCUAAAACCAGGAAGAUAUUGGAAAUUCUAAAUGAAUGUCAUGACGAGUUAAAAGCACUACCGAUGCUUGAACAAGUAGAGUUCGAGAAAAACACAAUUUUACAGCAAAGAUCGAAAAUCAAUUCGACAGAGUUGUUGGAUUAUGCCACCAAACUCUCCAAGUUUACCAAAAUACCACCAACGUUCGACAAGGGAGCUGUGGGACCCAACAAUUUUAUAUGGCCCGCAGAGGAUGCCCUACGAAGAGGAAUGCUUGCUAUGGCCUCAUUACAUAGUAAAGAGCUAACUAGAAUACCCGGUGAAGAAGUAGAAGAAACAGAAGUACCGACCGUACCGCCAUCUCAAAGUGAAGAACAAAAAGGGCAGAUGGCCAAGAAAGAAGGUACACCAAAGACAGACUCGUUUAUAUUUGAUGGUACUGCUAAAGAAGUUGGUGAUGAGGCAGACAAUACCAAAGAUAAAGAAAAGGAAGAAAAUAAUGAUGAUGCCCUAGAUCUUGAUCUUGAUCUGUUUGAUCCGGACGACUUCUAG